CUUGUUCUUGAUGCUGUACUACUAGUAUCAAGAAAUCAGCAAGAUGAAGAUAUUGGAUUGCAACACUGGAUAUGGAUUUUGUUUACCCAUUCAUAUUCAGGGAACAGUCAGUGUCAGGAGAAGACUCAAGAUAAGUGUAGAAAUGCAGGAGUCUCGACUCCGGUGGGAAGGGAGGCAAGUGCCUCUGAGAGGACAAACGCCCGCCCCUGGUGGGACAAGAUGCCGCCACCUCUGAGAAGGAGCGCGGCCAUUACGCGCCUAGCCCCAGGCGGGACACAAUGAGGCGCCGUAGCACUUUGAAAGAAGUGCGCCGCGAUUGGUGCGCAGCAUGGGGGAGGCUUGGAUGCAUGUGCCUACUACGGAGAUACUGG